GAAAAUGAUUUAGGCGGGCGUUACUUCACGCGCGGCUGACGGCGAAGCCCUGUGGUUAGGCAAGAGCACCCCCCGGGAAGGCGUUGACGAACGAUCUCUGGUUCUUGAAGAAACCCUAGGAGAGGAGAGUAGAGAAGAAUCCAUCAUAAUUGCCGACAUUCGUUCUGCAACCAAACGAUAUUCGCCGCCAUUAAUCUCCUCUCCUCUCCUCGGCUGGCACGUAGAUUCCACACAGAAACCCAAUAAAAAAGAUUAUCAAGCAAGCACAAGAGCUUUCCUCGUUUGAUUCGUCGUUUGAUAUUCGGAAUAUUAAGGAUGGGGAAGCCGACUGGCAAGAAGACGAAGCAGGUCGUCGGAUCAUCGAAGCCAAAUGAGGGGAAUCCCAAGCAAAGCAAGCCGUCGGAUCGAACGUCCAAGGCAUUCGACGAGGACACCGCAGUGUUCAUCAGCAUGUCGCAGGACCUGAAGGAGGAAGGCAACAAGUUGUUCCAGAAGCGAGACCACGAAGGCGCGAUGUUGAAGUAUGAAAAGGCGCUCAAGUUGUUGCCGAGAAACCACAUUGACGUUGCCUAUCUGCGCAGCAACAUGGCCGCUUGCUAUAUGCAGAUGGGGCUCGGCGAGUACCCCAGAGCGAUCGACCAAUGCAAUCAGGCCCUCGAAGUCGCCCCCAAGUAUAGCAAGGCCUUGUUGAAGAGGGCUAGGUGUUACGAGGCUUUGAACAGGCUUGAUUUGGCUAUGAGAGAUGUUAAUCGUGUAUUGAGCAUUGAACCUAAUAAUUUGACAGCUUUGGAGAUUGCAGAUAAUCUGAAAAAGGAACUUGAAAAGAGGGGUGAAAAGAUUGAAGAAAAAGAGAUUGUUUUGGCUCCAGAAUAUGUUGAACCUCCUGCUAAGCCCUCGUGGAAGACUGUCAAGGAGAGGGUGAAGAAGAAGAAAAACAAUAAGCUGACAAGGUCUGGGGUUGAGAAACAGUUGUCAAGGUCUGGGGCUGAGAAACAGUUGGCAACGUCUGGGGCUGAGAAACAGAUGGCAACGUCUGGGAUUGAGAAGCAGGUGGAGAUGAAAAAAGAGGAGGAAGAGAAGGUGGUUGUGGAGGAGAAGAGAAGUGUUAAGGAAGAAAAGGUAGUGACAAAGACAGUGAAAUUGGUGUUAGGGGAGGAUAUAAGGUGGGCUCAGUUACCUUUGAGUUGUGAUAUUAGGCUUUUGAGGGAUGUGGUGAAGGAUAGAUAUCCGGGUGUGCAAGGCGUGCUUGUCAAGUACAGGGAUCAAGAAGGUGAUCUGGUAACUAUCACAACAACUGAUGAACUCAGGCUGGCAGAAGCAGCUGGUGAUCAACAGGGUUCUUUGAGAUUCUAUGUUGUGGAGGUUAGCCCUGACAAAGACCCGCAUUAUGAAGUAACGGAGAGCAAGGAGGAGGCACCGAAACCCAAGGUUUCUGAGAAUGGGAACGCAGGGGAAGGUAGGGAAAUAGAAAAGGGGACAACCUGUAUUGAAGAUUGGAUUAUCCAGUUUGCAAGGUUGUUCAAGAAUCAUGUGGGGUUUGAUUCUGAUUCAUACUUGGAUCUUCAUGAGUUGGGGAUGAAGCUAUACUCAGAAGCGAUGGAGGACUCUGUUACCAGUGAAGAUGCCCAAGAGCUUUUUGAAAUUGCUGUAGAUAAGUUUCAGGAGAUGGCUGCUUUGGCGUUGUUCAAUUGGGGAAAUGUUCACUUGUCCAAGGCAAGGAAGCGGGUCCUUUUCACAGAAGAUGGUUCGAGGGAAAAAGUACUAGCACAACUGAAGAAUGCAUAUGAAUGGGCAACGAAAGAAUACACUAAGGCUGGAAUGCGCUAUGAAGAAUCUGUGAAGAUCAAACCAGACUUCUAUGAAGGUCUUCUUGCACUUGGGCAGCAGCAGUUUGAACAAGCAAAGCUUGCAUGGUACCAUGCAAUUGGGAGGGAGGUUGACUUAGAAACUGGGCCUGCUACAGAGAUCCUAGGGCUAUAUAAUAAAGCUGAGGAUAGCAUGGAGAGGGGAAUGCAAAUGUGGGAGGAGAUAGAGGAACGUCGACUUAAUGGACUCUCCAAGUCAGAUAAAUACAAAGCUGACUUGCAGAAAAUGGGUUUGGAUGGGCUAUUUAAAGAUGUAUCUGUUGAUGAAGCUACAGAGCAGGCUGCAAAUAUGAAGUCUCAGAUAUACCUCUUAUGGGGUACCUUACUUUAUGAGCGUUCUAUUGUCGAAUUCAAGUUAGGUUUGCCAACUUGGGAAGAAUGUCUGGAGGUUGCUGUUGAAAAAUUUGAACUCGCUGGAGCAUCUCCAACAGAUAUAGCUGUAAUGAUAAAGAACCAUUGUUCCAAUGUGUCUGCAGUGGAAGGUCUAGGAUUCAAAAUUGAUGAAAUAGUACAGGCGUGGAAUGAGAUGUAUGAUGUUAAAAGGUGGCAGACUGGCAUUCCAUCUUUCCGACUAGAACCACUGUUUCGUAGGAGAGUUCCAAAACUUCAUUCUAUCUUGGAAAACAUAUAGUCCUUUGUUUCAAGAUUGGAUAUUUUCUAGGGCCAGUCAAAGGAAGCAUCAGGACUGUUACUUAGCUGUCAAGCUGCUGUGUUGUUUCCAUUUAUAAUAGGUUUUUCAUGGAUUGUUAUGUCUACUGUGAGUCGUAACAUUUGGAAGAGAAGAUCUAGAGUUUGUUGUUGGGGCAAGUAUUUCUUGCCAAGUGUUGGUUUUUGCAUGAGAGUGGUUUCUUCUUCUUUCUUUUGGGAUUUUAUUCUUUGAUUGGGCUGCAAAGCUGCUUGUAUCAUUUUUCCCUCAUUUGAGGAUUUUGUUCUCCUACAUUGGGGAUAUAUAGCGUCAAAAGGCCACAUGAAGAGGCAGGAUAGUCAUUCUUUGUUGUCAGACUGUUCACAGUUUGAAAUAGUGGGGAAAUGAUUGGUUUUGUAAAGUACUUUAACCAAUAAAUGGUUGCAUUGAUUGUUUGAGUAUACUAUUGAUUGCUUGAUUCA